CCCGCUUCACGAAACAUCUUCCUGGCGCCUCGUGUGGAAGCCUCGAGACAAAGGACACGUCGCUGCCCACCAGAGCCCGGAUGUGCGGACACACGUGUUGAAGUGGACUUUGUAGAAAGUGUAACCUCAGACUCACGAAGCUCGCGUCGCGUGGCAACAGGAAGGAGACGGAGACGGAACUCGGCCACACGGCGCGAGUCGCAGCGACUCUCUGGAGACUAAACGGCGCGUCUCAUCGCCCACGAUGCCCACGUGACCCUGUGCGAGCGACUCUGUGUUGUUCCGCUUCAUCGGAAACGUCCGGAUUGUGUCCUCGUGUCCUGCGGAGCUCAUGACGUCAUCGUGCCAGCAGGAGAUACACGGACCCGAGCGGAGCCGAGCGACACCGAGCGGAGCCGAGUGAGCGGAGCGUUUUUAACGGAGCUGUCUGGAGGAAACGUUUCUGAGCUCGUGAACAUGUCUAAAGCCCAAAUGCUGAGAGGUUUAGUCAACCAGCGACUCACUGCGGCUGCGCAGGAGAUCUGCGGGCUGUUUGAAGGAACGAUCGCAGAGUACGAGGAGGAACUGUGUAGUUUAAAAGAGGAGAACGAGCGGCACCGGAAGCUGCUGCACGCCGUGUUCAACCCGGAAGUCCGGUUGCAACGAGCAGACGUCCAGCAGCUGUUGGUGGUUAAAGAAGAGGUUCCUUCUGAGCAGCAGGUCUGGAGCUCCAGUCUGGACCAGGUGCACCCAGAGCCCCCGCUAGUUGAAGAGGAACAGGAGGACCAGGAGAACUCAGAGCCCCCCCACAUUAAAGAGGAACAUGAGGAACUCUGGACCAGUCAGGAGGGAGAACAGCUUCAAGGGCUAGAGGAGGCUGGUCUCAAGUUCUCAUUCACUCCUGUGAAGAGUGAAGCUGAAGAGGAAGCUCAGUCCUCUCAGCUUCAUCAAAGACAAACUGAACCGAUGGAAAUAGAAGCUCAUGGAGAUGAUUGUGGAGGACCAGAACCAGCCAGGAACACAGAUCCAGAUAGACCUCCAGAUCCUGACGAGGAGACUGGAGACUCUUCUGAACCAGAUACUGAUGGCUCUGUUGAUUGGAAGAAGACCAGAGAACCUCAAUCAGGUUUAAACUCGUUGCAUAAUGAUGAAGUUUCUGUCAGUGAUUCAAAAUGUAGUUCUAGUGAGAAACCAUUAGGAAAUUUUAAGAAACACAUGCUAACUCACACAAGAGAGAAACCUUUCAGCUGCUCAGUCUGUAAAAGAUCUUUUCCACGGAGCGGUCAUUUAAAGACUCACAUGUUUACUCACACAGGAGAGAAACCUUUCAGCUGCUCAGUCUGUAAAACAUCCUUUGCACAGAGAGGAACUUUAAAGAGACACAUGUUAACUCACACAGGAGAUAAACCUUUCAGCUGCUCACUUUGUAAAACAUGUUUUGGACUGAACAGAAAUUUAAAGAGACACAUGUUAACUCACACAGGAGAUAAACCUUUCAGCUGCUCAGUCUGUAAAACAUCUUUUGCACGGAGUGAAACUUUAAAGAGUCACAUGUUAGCUCACACACGAGAGAACUCAUUUUAGUUGUUUUGGUAAAGUUGACAUUUAUUCGACUCCCUCACUUGUCAACAAGACCUUGAGAAACUGGACCUCCCUCGUUUGGGGCAGUGACUCACUUCCAACUGGGAGGACUCUAUCCACUAACCACUACGACGCCAUCUCCACUAAGAGAAUAUCAUCUGGGUAGAGAAGUCACCGAGUUUGUUUUGUUUAGCAUUAUUUGCUCUGUUAUUUGUCAUCAUGUAUUUUAUGAACCCCCGAGUGUUCCUGUUGUGCUUGUAGCUGCUGUCAUAGCGAUCCAGUCUGAUGAGCUUUGUUGAGUUGAGAUCCUCCACCAAGAAUAUGUCAGCAGACUGUAUUUCAUCAUGACCACGACUCAUCUGCUCAGAACGCUGCUGCUUCGUCUCCUACUGGAUCGGAUUGGCAGAGGAGCGUCACGUGGGAUUAUUUAUUCAACGGCUCUGUGGGUUCAAAAAGCUGUGAAGGUGAAAUAAAAGCUGUUAAAAAGCUGAAAAUAUACAACAAAAAUGAACGUUAAAUGAACCUAAAGCUUGUGAAGUUCAGACAAAGAGGCGUUAGAUCAAUUUAAUAAUAAUUUACUGGUAAGUAUCACAAACAUCUUCCCUCCUGGUGUCCUGUGAGGAGAGCAAACACAACCCUCAAGCGGAGGAGAGUCGUCCAGUGGUGAGAGAUUUGAUGAAGGACUUGAACAAAAGGUUGAGUAAAUGUGUUUUUUAGAUUUUAGUCCUCUGGGAUCUCUAGCGCCCCCUUGAGGGGAGCUUCUUAUGUACAGUCUAUGUCAUGAAGCCACUUUCCUGCUGCAUCUCUUGCACUGGUUUAGCUCAGUGGUUACUUCCUCAAAUCUAUCAGAUUACGAUGUUCUCUCCCUCCCUGGGAUCAAACCUCGGGCGCUGUCCAGUGUUUUCUGUCUUUGACUCUUUAUGAUACAAUGACGGGGUCAAAAGAGAAAGUGGAAACACAUUCGGGAGACUGUGCUUAUGUUACUAUGGACACCAAUUUAUACAUUUUUAUUGAAAAAAUAUCAACAUAUUCACAGUGCUUAUGAAAUACCCUUUCACAGGGCACAGAUGAAGCUGGAUGGAUAUAAUAUUUACCAUAGUUAUUAUUACUAUGUGCAUCCCUUACGAGGAGAGAUCAGCUCAAAAUGCUCCAGACAGAGGAACUCUCGUCUUUCUUGCUGCUUCCAUCGUAAAAAAAGAAGUUUGAAUACUUUGCAAACAAAUGCGCAAUAAAGUCCAGAGUCCACAGAAUGUGA